UUUCCGAAAUAUCUAUCAUUGAUAAAGUAAAGUUAAAAUAGGUAGCGUGUACGGAUAGAAAACGUGCGCCAAAGCUAUUUUCCAUAAACAUGCAAGGAAUUGACGGAUGUAAACUAUCCUCGAGACAUGGCCCCAGAUUCUCACACAUCAACUCGUCCGGUUGCGGAAACUGUUUUGCUAAUAUCCAUUGUUGGACGUUUUGAGUACGCAGGAACCCUAACCCCGCGGUUGCUCAGUGCAGAUUUAAUUGAAGUCCAGGAUCUCGAAUCUCCCACUGAAAAUGAAUCAGGAGAAUGAAACGUCUCACAAAUUUUCUGCACAUGAGAAGAGGAGUGGAAGUCCUAUAAUUGCUGCUAUAGAAAAUCGAGAUGCCAAGAGGCGGUCGAUUGGACUGGCAGAGGAUUCUUCAACCAUGCUUGCUGAAUCUUCUGAGUUUACAAAGCUUGAUCCUCCUCCUACUUGUGCCUUGGACCCGAGCAAAAGUCCGGCUCCUAGAAUUCCCCAAACAAAACAACAACUGAAAGACAUGGGUUCAAUACUUGCAUGUGUGGAUGUUGAUGAUCACGGGUUGGAGAGCUUUAUUUAUUACAUUACUAGUGUGAAUGAUACAAAAGCUGCAGAGGAUGUGCUGAUAGCUUCAGGAUAUGAAAAGGGCUCUAAAGAGUAUAUGGUGCGAUAUAAUUCGUUGAUGCUGCAUCAACGGUCUUAUGGACUUACUGUGAAAAGAAAGAACCUUGAUAUUAGCGGGGGCGUGCGUGUGGAAGCUGUAUUGAAUAAAGAUGGCAGAUAUGUACUUGGUAAGGUGCAAAAGCACCGGAUGGGUUGAUGGUAGAGUAUCCCUUGUUCCCUUUUAAUUGGUAUCCUGCUGUGAAGGAUACAUAUUAUGUAUUGGGAAUUGGGCAGUGUAUUGCUGUAUUUGUAGGAGUAUUACUUAUUCUGAUUAUUCCAUUUUCGAGCAAGUUGAUGUGCAUGUUUUGGUUAGUUACUCCCUAUAUUACUCCGUAGGAGAGAAAAGACACUCUUCCGACGUAGGGGUCUUAUGUGGGAAUUGGACUCUCUAGUCUGUCUGUAUGAUACAAGAACAUUGACCUAUUUUAAUACUUAGAAGUAACACUAAGGGCAUG